AUAAGUCAUUUCCACGCUGCCAGCACAUGAGGAGAGGACGCAGACAAUCAGAUCACGCCAAAGCCCACUAAACUUUUUACACUGACUCUCCAAUCUUCAGACAGCACAAUGGCAGAAGAAAAGAUUUCUAUAGAAGAUGUAAAGACGUCCAACGGUGAAGCGCACCUGGACGACCCGACCCUCGCCAACGGCCUGGGUGAUCACCAGAGGAGCGCGCCGGAGACCACCGGGCAGAAGCUGAAGCGCUUUGUGAUGGCCAAUCUGCUGGUCAUCCUAACGGUGACGGCGGUCAUCGUCGGCGUGUUCAUCGGGCUCGGCGUGAGAAGCGCCGGCUUGAGCCGCACACAGAUCCUUUACUUCGGGUUCCCCGGCGAGCUCCUCAUCCGCCUGCUCAAGAUGAUCAUCAUCCCUCUGGUGGUCUGCAGUCUGGUGUCCGGGGCGGCCAGCCUUGACCCCAAAGCCCUGGGCAAGCUGGGCGGCUGGGCGAUGCUCUUCUUUCUCGUGACCACUCUGCUCUCUUCCACCAUCGGCGUUAUUAUGGCGUUCAUCAUAAAGCCUGGCUCCAGCGACGGGAAAAAACUAUCCCAACUCACCCAGGAUGACAGCGGCGUUCCCGAAGCCAAAGAAGUCAUGGAUUCGUUUUUAGAUUUGAUAAGAAAUAUUUUCCCAUCUAACCUGGUAUCAGCUGCCUUUCAGUCGUAUGCCACUGGUUACAAGUUUGUAAAGAAUGACACCAACUCGACCAACUUCUCUUUGGAAAAGGUUCCAGUUGGCUCCGAGGUGGAUGGCAUGAACAUCCUGGGUCUCAUUGUCUUUGCUAUGGUAUUUGGUGUGGCCUUGAGGAAACUUGGGGAGGAAGGAGAGAUCCUUAUCAAGUUCUUCAACUCUUUCAAUGAGGCCACCAUGGUGUUGGUCUCCUGGAUCAUGUGGUAUGCACCACUGGGUAUUAUGUUCCUGGUUGCUGCUAAGAUUGUAGAAAUGGAGGAUGUUGGCUUGCUGUUCGCCAGCCUGGGGAAGUACAUCGCCUGCUGCGUCAUUGGCCAUGCCAUCCACGGUCUUCUUGUCCUCCCACUCAUAUACUUUGUGAUUACAAGGAAGAACCCAUACACGUUCUUGCUGGGGUUGGUCACCGCUUUGGCGACUGCCUUUGGAACGUCCUCCAGCUCUGCCACAUUGCCCCUCAUGAUGAAAUGUGUGGAGGAGAACAACGGUGUGUCCAAGCACAUCAGCCGCUUCAUCCUGCCCAUCGGAGCGACCGUCAACAUGGACGGAGCCGCCUGCUUCCAGUGUGUAGCCGCGGUGUUCAUCGCUCAGCUUAACGGGAUCCCGCUGGACUUCGUCCAGGUCAUCACCAUCCUUGUGACUGCGACGGCGUCUAGCGUGGGAGCUGCUGGGAUCCCUGCUGGAGGGGUGCUGACGCUGGCCAUCAUUUUGGAGUCAGUAGGCCUGCCCACCAACGAUCUGUCCCUCAUCCUGGCUGUGGACUGGCUUGUCGAUCGCACUUGCACUGUCAUCAAUGUUGAAGGUGACGCCUACGGAGCAGGUCUUCUGCAGUAUUUCGUGGAUCGCACUUCCAGUAAAGAGGGGGCGGAGCUAAAUAAGGUGCGCGUGGAGGAAGAAGACCCCGCCUCCAGACCAGAAAUUUCUCCACUCAUCGAAAAACGGAGAAGCCUUGAAUUGGAAGAAGUCGCUGGACCUAAACCCAGUGAAGAGGAGUCCGUUAUGUAGACUUGCACACUAUUUCAACAAACUUUCCUUUUGACCUGUCUGAUCUCAAUAAAUCAACCUCUGCAUCUACGCAGUGACCAUUGGAGAGAGAGAGACUAAGACAGGAGAAAGACUACAUCAUCUUGACCCUCCUCCAUGCCCUGCUCUUUAAGAAAGGAGUCUUCCAAAACCUAUGCACAUUUAGAUGGAAAAAUACUUGAACAAUUAUUUAUUAGAUGCUGGUCAGACAUCUUGGAUUUUGUCUUUAUAUUCUUCGUUUGCUUUACCCCCUUUUUUAAAAGAAAACCCCAGUCUGGCAUUUUAAAAUCUGUAUUAUUAUGAUCACACAUGCCCUCGUGAUUCUGAUUAUGUGCUGUAUUUCUUUCAGCAUCUCUUGAUAAGCCAAAGCAUCUGCCCAAUCUCUCUGCAUCUUUCGAACACACCAAAUACAUUUUAAAGAUGGUUUUAUGGUCCGUUAUCCUGAAAUACCUCAUUCACGCUGAUUCCCUUUAUGCCACCUGUGGCUCCUCAGAUGUAGGUCCAUCUAACAGGUGCUAAACCUUCACUAAACUCUUUCUGCUAGAGGAGCCAACAGAAUGGUGUAGAAAGCCUGACUGACAGUUAAGAGACGACAUCUUACAGUCUGCAUCUUUGUCUUUAUGCAGUCACUAUCACCGUUCACGGCGGGCUCUUCGGGGGCAAGUUGCACCCUAAGGUCAGACAGGAUAAUAUAUGGGUCUCAUGCAAAGUAAGCCUCGUCUUAAAGUCUGCAGGUUUGAGAGAUCCCUAUGCAGUGUUUGAUACGCAAGUAAACAGAUCCGUUUCCGAAGAAAGCCAUAGAGUGUGAAUUCAGACUGGAACUAAGGUUUUGUAUUUUGUAUUUAAGGUCGAAUAAGUCGAAGCAGCUUCCUUGUGUAGAAACAUGUUAGAUGUGUUGAAAUGUUUGGUUUCUUUUUCUCCCCCACCCCCCCCCCCCCUUUUUUUUUUUUUUUUUACAGGUACUUUUUGUCGGCUUAAAUUGUGUACAGAAAAAAGCCCGUUCACGUAAAAUAUGCAGAAAUGAAGUAUUCAGUUUUGUUUGCUUUUUAAAAGCAUACUUCUGAGAUCUUGUCAAUAUAUUUUUUAUUCGUUUUUUUUAUUUUAUUUUUAUUCUAUGUAUAUUAUUGCAGAAGAGCACAAAUAUAAAAAGCCUGACAUUUUGUGAAGGUAGUUAAAGUUGAAGUAGGUAACUUUGGUAAAAAUUUAUUUGUGAAACCUGUCCUGACAGUAGAAUAUGAGACCGAUAAUCCGUGAAAAAAUCAAGCUCCUCUGGCUCCUCCCAGUGGUCCUAUUGCCAUUUGCAGAAAUUCAUCCGCUCCUGGUAAGAAACAACCAAUCAGAGCUGCGGUCCGUAACUUUGUUUGUGUUCAAAAUUGACAAAAUGUAUAUAAUAAGUGAGUACACCAUGAAUCCAUUUUCCAAACCGUGUUUUUGUCUUGUCCUGAAUCACUAGGGUGCACCUAUAAUAAGUGUUUAUAUUCGGACUAUUUUAGAUUGCUUCGGGGAUACCGCGGCGGAGUAACCCAGUACCUUUGUGAUUCUUCAUAGACAUAAACAGAGAGAAGUAGUUCUGGCUACAAUGUCCUUCCGCAAGACGCAAGCAGUUCUGUUUAUUAACCGCUAGAGCGUCGAAAGUUACCAACUGCAGCUUUAACUUCAUGGGAAGAAAUCAGGCAUACAAUUAUUUAAAGACCAUUUAACGGUGAAUGUUUGUUAACUGUAAUCAGUAGUUGUACUGGAUAGCUAAUUCAGUUUUCUUUUUCUUUAUAUAUAACCUAAACACACCAGCUGAAGGAAAGUAUCAGGUGACAGGGUGAGAGGCAUUUGCCAUUGUACUGUUUGUUGACCAAAUAUUUGUAUAACAGAAAGAAGUCGACAUAAUAGUCCAUUUUUGUAGACAUUGGUUUGACUCACAGUUGAUCAGUAAGCGGUUAAAUCCGACCAAAGAAACAUUUCUCAUUAUUUAUAUUAAUGUUGCUGUAUAUCUCUUUAAAUGGGUUUGGUUAAUGUAAUCUGUAAUAUUAACAGUCGCUCAUCGCUGUUGUGUUCUGUUAGUGCUCAAGGUGUAUUUCAAAUCACGUGUUUUUUUUUUUUUUUUUUUUUCAAAUCUCACACAUGUUGUGACAUCACUCCUUUAAAAGCCAGUACUGUAAAGGCUUCUCAUUCCAGAUGGCGGUAGUGUAGCUGCUCUGCUGUCACGGCUGUGUGUCUGUGUGCGAGUUUAAUGGGUGGUUGUGUCAUAAAUGGCUGCGUGAUGUCAUCAGUGGAGCCAAAGAAUACUGUUAAGAGAACUAGUGAAUGUACUCCACACCCAAAGCAGAAUAAAGUCUUUAUUUAAAUAAA